ACAACCAUUCACAAGCAAUUCACGACUGGAAACACACGUUAAACUUGACACACUUUGAACUUUUGUACUUUUUUGCAAUUAUUUUUGUGUUCCAAUUCUCGAAAACAGUGUGUUUUUGGACUAUUCCUGAUCGAGGAAAUUUUCACUAUGGCGAAACCUUUUUUCCCACAAGACUGGGAAUCUCUUACGGUAGAAGAACUGGCCACUGCCAGAGCAAAACUGGCAGGAUUCAUCGAGGCUGUACCCGACCGAGAGAAAAUCCUUCGCGAGCAAUUGGAAGCUACACAGAAGGCUCUAUUGCCCCUCCAAAAUGGUAUUAUUGCAUCUGCGACUCUGAUCUCCACACUCGCUGCGGGUGCCACGAAAAGAGAAGCCGAAAAUAUUUUAGUCGAGUUACGGAAAUCGGAGGAGUCCAUGAGAGAUCGUCUUUUCUUACUGCAAGUGUGGCGCAAAUACGAUCAGGAGACGGCCGACAAGCUUGCACGGCGAAAGGCUGGAGAAUACUUGGACCCAGAACUGGUAAAAGUUUUGGAGGAACGGGAGAAGAAAAUGGAUCGGGAGAAACACGAAAGAGAGAAAGACAGGGACAAAUUCGGCAAUCGAUCAAAACGCUACAGGAGUGACUCGUCAUACCGCGGCGAUUCCAGACCGAGUACAUUAGAUCACGGAACCUAUCAUACCGGUGGACGUGGUGGUUUUGGAUACGGGUACGGCGGAGGAGGCUACGGAGGAAGUUAUGGCGGACACGGAGGAAGUUAUGGCGGACACGGCGGAGGUGGAAGUUAUGGGGGUCGAGGCGGAAGUUUCCGAGGUGGAAAACGACCGGGACCAGAACAAAAAUGUCAUCUCUGCGGCGAUCCAGGACAUUUUUUCAAACAAUGUCCAACAAAAAAGUAAUCAUUACGAUGCCAAUAUCAAACUAAACUAUA